AUGUUCUCCCGCGUGCUCAAGUCCACAAACUCGCAGCAGCAGCCCCCCCCGGCACCCCCCUCCCCCUCCAAGUCGUCCCGCUCGGGCCACUCCAAGUCCCAGUCCACCACCAACCCCCCCUCCCCCUCCAAGAUCCCCGUCCCCUCCACCCCCACCUCCCGCUCCUCAUUCCUCAACACAGGAUCCAAGGAGAACCGCGACUCGGUCCCACCCUCCCCCUCCCAGGCCAACAACGAGCGAUCCAACUACCUCUCCUUCUUGUUUGCUCAGAGUCAGGCUGGCACCCCCUCAACACCGGUCAAGGUCAACAAGACUGCUCCUGCUCCUGCCGCACCCAACCCUGGACAAUCACACCAUGGGCAAGCUGUUGCUGCGCAGCGAGAAGAGAGACACUCUGCUUACCAGCAGCGAGAGUCGGACGACAUCCACAUGAUGACCAUGAAGAACACUGUCAACCCCGCCGUGCUCAAGCAGCUCGCCAGCACCCCUCAGAGCUCGCAAACAUCCUCCCCCGCCUCUAUGGGUCCUCCUGCGCCUGUCCAAAAGCCCUACGCUCCUACCAACGCUUACGCGGGCCAGCGAGGCGGUGCAUACCAGGCCGAUGACGUACAGAUGAAGACUGCGAGGCACGAUACGCGACAUGAAAAGGAGAGGGGUCUGCAGCUGUGGGAGAGGGAGCUGUUGGAGACACCUGACGUGCGGAGAAAGGCUACUGUCGCUCAAAUCUACUUUCUGGAUUAUUACUUCGACCUUCUUGGCUACAUUGCCAACCGAAAGAAGCGACUCGAUACAUUCAAGGCUGAUACCACCUCUCGUCAGAUCACCAACGAGGCGUACGCCAAGGAGCUCUCUUCCUACAAUGGACGAGAGCGUGUGCUGCUCCGGAAGCGACGCACGAAGCUCAGGAUCGACCAGUUCAGGAUCAUUGCCCAAGUCGGUCAAGGCGGUUACGGCUCCGUCUACCUUGCCCGCAAAGCCGAUACUGGCGAGAUUUGUGCCCUCAAAAAGAUGCGAAAGGGUACUUUGGCCAAAAUGGACGAAGUCAAGCACGUGUUGGUGGAAAGAGAUAUCUUGACAGCUGUAAAGACCCCCUGGUUGGUCAACCUGCUAUAUGCCUUCCAAGACAAGGAGCAUGUGUACCUCGCUAUGGAAUACGUGCCCGGCGGUGACUUCCGGACCCUUCUCAACAACUCCGGUGUCUUGAAGGAGGAGCAUGCUCGAUUCUAUGCGGCUGAAAUGUUUAUCUGCGUGAAUGAGCUUCACAAACUUGGUUACAUCCAUCGCGACCUCAAACCCGAGAACUUUUUGGUAGACGGCACUGGCCACGUCAAGCUCACCGACUUUGGUCUUGCCACCGGUUCAUUGAAUCCCCAGAAGAUCGAAGACAUGAAGCAGAAGCUGGACCAGGUCAAGGACGAGAACCUUGUGUUCAGAAGCACUCUUGAGCGAAGGACAAUCUACAGGAGCAUCAGGGCCACUGAGCCUCGAUACGCCGACUCGGUCGUAGGAUCCCCCGACUACAUGCCUCCUGAGGUUCUUCGCGGCAAGACCUACACGUACUCUGCCGACUACUGGUCUCUGGGUUGUAUUCUGUUCGAGUUCCUCUGUGGCUUCCCUCCUUUCUCUGGCUCUACUCCCGAAGAGACUUGGGCAAACUUGAAGAACUGGACUCGGGUCCUCCGCCGACCAGUGUACGACCGACCCGAAGACCUCACAUUCAACCUCACAGACGUCGCUUGGGAUGCCGUCACCAGGCUCAUCGCCCAUCCCAAGGACCGAAUCGCCUCUCUCCAGGACAUUCAGUCCCUCCCCUUCUUCUCUGCCUUGCCUUUCAGCAGCCUUCGACAGAUCGAGGCACCCUUCGUGCCUGUCCUCGACGGUGAGACCGAUGUGGGUUACUUUGACAGUUUCUCCAGCCCGGAGGAUAUGGCCAAGUAUGCCGAGGUGUUCAAGAAGCAGAAGGACGUCGAGGCGGUCGAAGAGAGGGGUAUUGGAAACCGAAACAACUGGGUUGGAUUCACUUUUGGCAAGAACGCCAACGUCGCCCCCGCCCCCAGAGGUAUCAAGCCCGAAGGAGAGGCUCUCCAAACCAUCUUUUAG